GUACCCAGGGAAUAUGCCCAUUGCUUUGGGGGGCUGGCUCCACCCCAGUUCCGGCUACAAAAGAGGCCAGAUGCACAGUAUGGGGCCAGACUCCCUGGAGAUGAGGAUCAGACCCCUGCCCCUUGCUGUUCUCCAACAGGUGCUGGGAGGCCCUCCUUGGCUUAGGAGGCCACUUCCAAAGGUGGGGAGCCCCAGGGAGGCACCAGUGGCCAGGAUGUCCACGCAGAGCACCCAUCCCCCAAAACCUGAGGCCCCGCGUCUGCCACCUGGGAUCCCGAGCGGUCAACGGCGUCACACACUCCCGGCCAGCGAGUUUCGCUGCCUCACCCCGGAGGACGCUGUCAGCGCCUUUGAGAUCGAGCGUGAAGCCUUCAUCUCCGUCUUGGGCGUCUGCCCCCUAUACCUGGAUGAGAUCCGGCACUUCCUGACCCUGUGUCCAGAGCUGUCCCUGGGCUGGUUCGAGGAGGGCUGCCUUGUGGCCUUCAUCAUCGGCUCACUCUGGGACAAGGAGAGACUCAUGCAGGAGUCACUGACGAUGCACAAGCCUGGGGGCCACAUAGCCCACCUGCACGUGCUGGCCGUGCACUGCGCCUUCCGGCAGCAGGGCAGGGGCCCCAUCCUGCUGUGGCGCUACCUGCACCACCUGGGCAGCCAGCCAGCCGUGCACCGGGCCGUGCUUAUGUGCGAGGAUGCGCUGGUGCCCUUCUAUGAGAGGUUUGGCUUCCACGCCGUGGGCCCCUGCGCCAUCACCGUGAGCUCCCUCACCUUCACCGAGCUCCACUGCUCCCUGCAGGGCCACCCCUUCCUGCGCAGGAACAGCGGCUGCUGAACUGGGCUGCCCACCUGGCUGCCAACGUGAUCCCCGUCUCUGCCCUGGGCUCCUUAGUUCAGCUGAGCAUGGAGACAGCCAUUUCCAGAGAGUGGAGAGAGCAGGGCUAAAUAAAGAGGAGAUGGGGUGGCUUCUCAC